CGCUGAGACUAUGGCGUCCGGGCCUCACCCGACCGCGACCGCUGCCGCCGCCGCCUCGUCGGCCGCCCCGAGUGCGGGCGGCUCUAGCUCCGGGACGACGACCACGACGACGACUACGACGGGAGGGAUCCUGAUCGGCGACCGCCUGUACUCGGAAGUUUCGCUCACCAUCGACCACUCGCUGAUUCCGGAGGAGCGGCUCUCCCCUACCCCGUCUAUGCAGGACGGGCUCGACCUGCCCAGCGAGACCGACUUGCGCAUCCUGGGCUGCGAGCUCAUCCAAGCCGCCGGCAUUCUCCUCCGGUUGCCGCAGGUGGCGAUGGCAACGGGGCAGGUGUUGUUUCAUCGUUUUUUCUACUCCAAGUCUUUCGUCAAACACAGUUUCGAGAUUGUUGCCAUGGCUUGUAUUAAUCUUGCAUCAAAAAUUGAAGAAGCACCUAGAAGAAUAAGAGAUGUGAUUAAUGUAUUUCACCACCUACGCCAGUUAAGAGGAAAAAGGACUCCAAGCCCCCUGAUCCUUGAUCAGAACUACAUUAACACCAAAAAUCAAGUUAUCAAGGCAGAGAGAAGGGUGCUAAAGGAGUUGGGAUUUUGUGUUCAUGUCAAGCAUCCCCAUAAGAUCAUUGUUAUGUAUUUACAAGUCUUAGAAUGUGAACGUAAUCAAACCCUGGUUCAAACUGCCUGGAAUUAUAUGAAUGACAGUCUUCGAACCAAUGUAUUUGUUCGGUUCCAGCCAGAGACUAUAGCAUGUGCUUGCAUCUACCUUGCAGCUAGAGCUCUUCAGAUUCCAUUACCAACUCGUCCCCAUUGGUUUCUUCUUUUUGGUACUACAGAAGAGGAAAUCCAGGAAAUUUGCAUAGAAACGCUUAGGCUUUAUACCAGAAAAAAGCCAAACUAUGAAUUGUUGGAAAAAGAAGUAGAGAAAAGAAAAGUAGCCUUACAAGAAGCCAAAUUAAAAGCAAAGGGAUUGAAUCCCGAUGGAACUCCAGCCCUUUCAACCCUUGGUGGAUUUUCCCCAGCCUCCAAACCAUCAUCACCAAGAGAAGUGAAAGCUGAAGAGAAGUCACCAAUCUCUGUUAAUGUGAAGACAGUCAAGAAAGAACCUGAGGACAGACAACAGGCUUCCAAAAGCCCUUAUAAUGGUGUAAGAAAAGACAGCAAGAGAAGUAGAAACAGCAGGAGUGCAAGUCGAUCAAGGUCAAGAACACGAUCACGUUCUAGAUCACAUACUCCAAGAAGACAUUAUAAUAAUAGGCGGAGCCGAUCUGGAACAUACAGCUCAAGAUCAAGAAGCAGGUCCCGCAGUCACAGUGAAAGUCCAAGACGACAUCAUAAUCAUGGUUCUCCUCACCUUAAGGCCAAGCAUACAAGAGAGGAUUUAAAAAGUUCAAAUAGACAUGGUCAUAAAAGGAAAAAGUCUCGUUCUCGAUCUCAGAGCAAGUCUCGGGAUCACUCAGAUGCUGCCAAGAAACACAGGCAUGAAAGGGGACAUCAUAGGGACAGGCGUGAAAGAUCUCGCUCCUUUGAGAGGUCCCAUAAAGGCAAGCACCAUGGUGGCAGUCGCUCAGGACAUGGCAGGCACAGGCGCUGACUUUCUUCCUUUGAGCCUGCAUCAGUUCCUGGUUUUGCCUAUCUACAGUGUGAUGUAUGGACUCAUAAUCAAAACAUUAAAAGGAAAUUGAUUAGGAUUUGAUUUCUUAAAGCCCUCUAGGUCUCUAGAAACACUGAGGACAUUUUCUUUUGGAAAGAAACUAUGUUUUUUUUUUUUUGUUUUGGGGUUUUUUGUUUUUAAGUUUUUGUGGGUUUCUUUUUUGUUUGGGGGGUUUUUUUGGUUGUUUCUAGGGUUUUUGUUUUGUUUUGUUUGUUUUGUUUUUGUUUUGUUUUGUUUUUUUUGCACAUUAAAAUGCCCUAGCAGUAUCUAAUUGAAAACCAUGGUCAGGUUCAAUUGUACUUAUAGUUGUGUAUUGUUUAUUGCUAUAAGAACUGGAGGUGAGUUCUGUAAAAAUGUAUCUUAUUUUUAUACAGAUAAAAAUUGCAGACACUGUUCUAUUUAAGUGGUUAUUUGUUUAAAUGAUGGUGAAUACUUUCUUAACACUGGUUUGUCUGCAUGUGUAAAGAUUUUUACAAGGAAAUAAAAUACAAAUCUUGUUUUUCUAAA